GCAUAUAUUCCUAACUGCGACACAGGUGAUUUGCUAGAUAAAAUGAUAAGUGUCGCUUUGUAUACGUAAAUAAUAAAAGUAAACAUAAAUACAGCGUUCAGAAUGGAUUAAAAAUAGUUAUUUAAAGAAGCCGUCUUAAACAACACCUGACAACUGACAAUAAUUUAAUAACAAUUUCCAAUUUACCAAUCAGUUGUCAGUCUCUGUAAAUACAAAAAAAAAUCGAAAAAUGGCAGAUGAAGGCGGAUUUGAUCCUUGUGAAUGUGUUUGGGGCCAUGAGAUGGCCAUGAGAAGAUUGCUAUCAUUGUUACGACAAUCACAAUCUCAUUGCACGGAUAACGAAUGUUUUCAAACAGCCGACGGCAACCAAAAUUUAAGCACAGAUAACUUCGUAUUUACGACAUUAAUAAUUGCAUUUGCUUUGCUGAUGUACUAUUUUAGACCUCAAUCUGCAUCAUUGGAAGGUCCGUCGAAACCCUCUAAUAACGAUAACGGUUCAAAUGGAUUUCCACCGACACCACCUACGCUUUCAUAAUUUUGAAACGAGCUAAGUAAAUUCUUUUGCAAUAUUUCAGUUUUUUUUUAAUCUAGGGCGUACUGUAACUAUGUCGCUUUUUUAUUUGUUUAACACAGUAAAUAAAUUGAUAUUUAAGUUAA